CGUCCAAACACUUUAAAGGGUCGGGUGUUCCCCCAAAAUGAGUUUGGUGAUUAGAAAUCUCCAGCGAGUCAUCCCCGUCAGGAGAGCACCACUUCGCAAAAAUAUGGAGAUUGUGAGGACUAUUUUAGGAGUGCAGAAAUUUGACAUGGGGAUCAUCUGCGUUGACAACAAGAAUAUUCAGCACCUUAAUAGGCUCUACAGAAAGAAAAACGUUCCAACCGAUGUGCUUUCUUUUCCAUUUCAUGAAAUGUAUGGGCAAGAGAAACUGGUCCUGGAGGAACUGAGCCGCCACACUGGAACUGGGCUCCAACCCCUGAGCAGGGGCCUCUACUGA